AGGAUCGAAGCGGCUGCAGUCAGUUCUCUUCAUCACUCUCGCGCGCACGGCCAUCUUCCUUCAGCUCGAGAAGACUGUUCCCGCAGACAUGGCCGACUACUCUAACGUGGCUCCGCCGUCCUCAAACGCUGGUGGAGGGAUGAACGAUGCUUUUAAAGACGCCCUUCAGAGAGCCAGACAAAUAGCUGCAAAAAUAGGAGGUGAUGGCGUACCUCCCUCUCCAGUUUCCAAUGAGUUUGGUUAUGGAGGACAGAAGAGACCUCUUGAAGAUGGAGAUCAACCAGAAACCAAGAAGGUUCCACCAAGUGAUCCUUUUUCAUCUGUAAUGGGAGGCAUGGGUGGCCCGCCAAGGUCUAUAUCAGAAGAGUUCAAGGUUCCAGAUGGCAUGGUUGGCUUCAUUAUUGGAAGGGGAGGAGAACAGAUUUCAAGAAUACAGCAGGAUUCAGGGUGCAAAAUACAGAUUUCUCCCGACAGUGGUGGCAUGCCUGAUAGGUCAGUGACAUUAACAGGCGCACCUGAUUCAAUCCAGGCUGCAAAGAUGUUGCUCUCAGAGAUUGUAGAUAAAGGCAGACCUUCUCCGGCAUUCCACCACAAUGAUGGACAAGGGAAUUCUGUUCAGGAGGUCAUGAUCCCUGCCUCCAAAGCUGGUCUGGUCAUCGGAAAGGGAGGAGAAACAAUCAAACAGUUACAGGAACGUGCUGGAGUCAAAAUGGUCAUGAUUCAAGAAGGACCCCAAAACACAGGCUCUGAUAAACCACUCAGGAUCUCUGGCGAUCCUUUUAAAGUUCAGCAAGCUAAAGACAUGGUGAUGGAUCUAAUCAGAGAUCAGGGUUUCCGGGAACAGAGAGGAGAGUAUGGUUCUAGAGUAAGCAGUGGAGACAGUCUGGAUGUCCCUGUGCCAAGGUUUGCAGUGGGAAUUGUGAUUGGUAGGAGUGGUGAAAUGAUCAAGAAGAUUCAGAAUGACACUGGUGUGAGAAUUCAGUUCAAACCAGGUAAGAAAGAUGAUUUAUAUGCGCUUAAAAAAAAAAAAAAAAAUCCAAGUAGUUUUCAGGUCCCUGUGCCAAGGUUUGCAGUGGGAAUUGUGAUUGGUAGGAGUGGUGAAAUGAUCAAGAAGAUUCAGAAUGACACUGGUGUGAGAAUUCAGUUCAAACCAGGAAAAAUAAAAUGGGCUGUUUGUUCUGCAGAUAAAGCAGCGGCUGAUGCUAAUGCAGCUGCAUGGGCAGCCUAUUAUUCUCAGUACCAGCAGCAGCCCCAGGGUCCCAUGACACCAACUUCAGCAGCCCCUGGCACAACCCAAACCAACGGACAAGGUCAAGGUCAGCCUCAGCAGGAUUACACAAAGGCGUGGGAAGAAUACUAUAAGAAACAAGGUCAAGCUGCGCCUCAGGCGGCUGCAGCAACGGCGUCUCAGCCAGGAGGUCAGCCAGAUUACAGUGCAGCGUGGGCAGAAUACUACCGCCAACAGGCAGCAUACUAUGGUCAAGGCGCUCCUCAGGCAAUGGGAGCUGCACCCCAGGCUCAGCAGGUACACUCCCGCUAAAACAUAGAUGUGCAUGUGUACAGUUUUUGUCCCCCACCCCCACUUUUUUUUCCCCCCUAACAUUUACUUCCACAGGUUCAGCAGGUUUCC